CGCGUGCAGCGACCUGCUGCUGUCAUAAAAAUGGCUCCAACAACAAGAAGCAUCCCCGCAGCACGUUCUCGCUCGGGGAGGCCUCCUUGGUUUUGAUGGCAGUUUGUUUAGUCUUUCGCGCGCAUUCUCACUGCCCACGUGGCCUCAUAUUUGCCUUCUUACGCCACUGCUACAUUUGAAAUCACUGCCACUUCAAGCACCGCCUGACGUCCUGAACCAAAUAGCAAUCCAAUCGCCCGAAGAUGGACGCCCUUGUGGAGUGCGUUAAGGCGGGUUCGAUGCUGCACGUGGAGGCAGCCCUACAAAAGUAUCCGGGAGCGGUGAACAGGCCCAACAGCUGCGAGACCUACCCGCUGCACGUGGCGGUGUGGCGCAACCACCUGCCCAUCCUGGAGCGGCUGCUGGCGGCGGGCGCCAACACGGCGGCGGCGGACGGCGAGAGCGGCUGGACGCCGCUUCACCGGGCGCUGUACCUGGGGCACCUGGCGGCGGCGGCGCGGCUGCUGGCGGCGGGGGCGGCGGUGGAGGCGGCGGACCUGCAGGGCCGCACGCCCGUGGACCUAGUGUCAGCGGAGCUACGCCGCAUGCCGCCGCCCAGCCCCCACACACUCACAGCCACCCCCGGCGGAGCCGCCGCCGCUACAGCCUCUGCUACAGCCGCUACAACCUCUGCUACAACCUCUGCUACAGCCGCUACAGCCGCAGGUGGCGGGGUCGGUGUGGUAAUUAGCAGCCUGUACAGCUGGGGCAGUGGCGCCAACUACCAGCUGGGCACGGGCAGCACCGACCGCCACGACACGCCGCUGAGGGUGGAGGCGCUGCAGGGUCACCAGGUGGCGGCGGUGGCGGCCGCCAAGUUCCACUCGGCGGCGCUGACGGCGGAGGGGCGGCUGCUGACGUGGGGCUGGGGCCGCGGCGGGCGGCUGGGACACCCCGAGCCCCACGUGCACAGCGGCGAGGCGGCGCUGAUCACACCCUGGCAGGUGUCGGGUCUGGGGCGGCGGCAGGUGGUGGCGGUGGCGGCGGCCAAGCACCACAUGCUGGCGGCCACCAGCGCAGGAGAGCUGUGGAGCUGGGGAGGCAACAGGGACGGCAAGCUCGGCUACCCCAAUGUCGACACGCAGCCCACGCCGCGCAAGGUGGAGUUCCGGGGGCGGGCGGUGCAGGUGUCUGCCUCCAACCGCCACAGCGCCUGUCUGACCACGGCGGGCGAGGUGUGGACGUGGGGAGCCAACGGCGACGGGCAACUGGGCUACGGCACAAACAACGCCGCCAGCAACCCCGCGCCGCGCCUGGUGGAGGCCAUGAAGGGCAAGGCGCUGGUGGCUGUGUCGCUGUCCAAGCGCCACACGGUGGUCCUCACAGCCGACGGCGACGCCUACACCUGGGGACACCGCGUCGCCACGCCGCGCCGGGUGCCGCUCGCAGGCUGCAGAGACACCGCACGCCUUGCUGCAGCUGUUGCAGCCGCCGCCGGGCCCGGCGGGCCCGGCGGCGGAGCCGCCGCCGCGGCAGCGACGCAGGGCGCCGGCGGAGCCGGCGGCGGCGGCGGCGGCUCCGCCGUCGCCUCCGGCGACGGCGAGGCGGUUCAGUUCCACCGCAACCGGUCGGACGUGGUGCGGCCCGAGGCGGCGCUGGUGGCGGCGGGCUACGUGCACAGCAGCGUGGUGACGCGCGGCGGCGUGGUGCUGACGUGGCGCAGCGCGGACCCGGCGCUGCGGCCGGCGGAGGUGGGCGGGCCGCUGGCGGGGCGGCGGGUGGUGGCGGUGGCGGCGGGGAAGACCGGCGGCGCAGCCGCCGGCACCUUUGACGGCGCCGCCGCCGCGGCGGAGGGCGAUGAGGUGGCUCGGCUGGUGAAGGCGGUUCAGCGCAAGCUGACGCAGAUCGCGGCGCUGCUGGAGGCGGAGCGGGCUGGCAAGGCGCUGGACGCGCAGCAGGCGGCCAAGGUGGCGCAGCGGGGGGCGCUGGGGGAGGCGCUGGCGGCGCUGGCGGCGGGCGCGCCGGUGGAAGAGGUGCGGCGCGCCAUUGCGCACUCGGGCGAGGUGGCCAGCAAACUGGCGGCGGCGGCGGAGCCCGUGGCGCCGGCGGCGGGCGAGGCGGCGGCGCUGGCGGCGGCAGAGAAGGGCGGAAAGGCUGCGGGCGGGAGCGGGAGCGGGAAGGGGGCGGUUGGUGUGAAUGGCCCCGGCGGCAAGAAGAGCGAGAAGGAGGCCGCCGCUGCUGGCCCCGUCACUGACACGGCCGCCGUUGCAGCUGCAGUAGCGGCAGUAGCGGCAGCGGCCGCCUCGUCGCCGGCGAUGCCGGGCACGCCUGUGGCUGCUACAGCCAGCGCCGCGAUCGGCGGCGGCGGCGGCAGUAGCACCUCCAGGAAGGGCCAGCGCAAGGGCGACCUCUCUAUGUUCCUAGCCGGUGAGCUGGAAAAACCGCCGCCGCCGCCAGCAGCAGCGGCGCUUGCAGCGGCAGCGGCAACGCCGCCGGCGCCCAAAGGCCCCGCAUGGGGCGGCGCCAAGCCGCAGCCGCCGCCGGCGACUGGCGGCAGCCUGCGCGACCUGCUCUCCGCGGCGACCUCCACCACGGUGCCGGCGGCGGCGCCGCCGGCGGCAGCUGACACGCUGGGCGCGGCGGGCAUCAGCCGCCAGGCGCCCGCUGGACCUGCGGCGGCGGCGGCGGCGGCGGCGGCGGCGGCGGCUGCAGGCGCCGGGGAGGGCGGUGCAGCCGGCGGCGCUAGUGGUGGGGGUCCUGCGAAGGCGAGGCCGGAGGCCGCCGCCCCGGCUGCGGCCCCGGCGCCGUAGCGAGCAUGGGGUGGGCUGUGUCAUGGCGUGUAGGGCACAGGUUCGAUUGGCACAACAUUGCGAAAUCUGCACAUGAUUGAGAGGGUAGAGAGGAGAGCCUGGGCGUGGUUGUGUUUGAGUGCGAGAGGGAGGGGAGCACUGUGCGAUGAACGAGGAUUUGAAUGACAGUCCUUAGAAUGCAGACCAGAGACGAGGACGUGGGCUGCGCACGAGCGCCAGUGUGGUAAUUACGGCUGGGCAUGCUACAGAGCCUCCUGUGCUUAUGGGACCGAUUUGAAGGGAUGGGUUGGGGCGAUUGGGCCGACCUUGCAGGGGCUCAUCUGUUACAGGCGCAAUCACGAUGCCGCAGUGUCUAGGGCCGCAACAAUCGCGAACGUCCUGGCAGGCCAGCAUCCCAGGAUUGCCUGCAUGCUUUCUCCAUUACGCAGUUCUUGUUCAUCUUCGUUCAAUUGCAGGCGUAGUACAACAACUGUUUUACCAUUGUAAGGAGUCGGGCCG